AUGGAAUGCUUCUUGUCAAGGAUUCAAGACAAGGUGGUGGUUGAGGAGAGGGAGGAUGAGGUGUUUUGGGUGGUUACAAAGAGUGGAUCCCUUUCUGUUAAUUCCCUUCUUUCUAUUCUUGAGGAAGUAAGGAAACUAAAAUUGAAUAUGAAGAGCACUGUUGUCAUUGAGGAAAAUGCUUGGAGAAUUUCUGAAGAGUUGAAGGGAAAGAAGUGUUUGAUUCUUAUGGAUGAAGUCUGUGACUUUAUUGAUCUACAUAAAGUAAUGGGUAUCCAAGACCACCAAGAAAACAAGGUAGUGUUGGCGAGUAGGCUUCGUGAUAUCUGCAAGGACUUGGAUGCUGAUGAGCUAAUCAAUGCGAAACCAUUGUCAGAUCAUGAAGCUUUCAACAUGUUCAAGGAAAAGCUUGAUUUGUCUAAGAAGGCUCUAUCUGAAUUCUUGCAUCCAUUUGGUAGAACUCUCAACAUAGAUAGACGCACUCGUGCAGCUUGA